AUUACCGAAACCUAUCCGUCUAGCACAAGUGUGCCGCGUUUACUUAACGUUUUAUCAGGCUUCUCCUAUUGGCUCUGUAAUGUUUCUAUUUACGUUUCUCGUUGCGUCUCUUAAGUUUCUUGAAAACAGAUGCUUUGAGGUUAUGGGCGUGUGCUGACGAACUGAAGUACUGAAUAUUUAAACUCCUGGAGAAGGAUACAAAACCGCGAUUGUUGACCGUACGAACUUUGUACAGCAACAUAUGGUAGAAAACUAAAUAUGGAGGGUAGCGGAUAUUCUGGUGAAGGCGAUGUGGGUGGACCAAGAACUCCUCAGCAAGGUGCAUCUUCAAAGAAAUUGCAGCAAACUCAGGCAAAGGUGGAUGAGGUCGUGGGAAUCAUGAAGGUCAAUGUAGAGAAAGUCUUAGAAAGGGACCAAAAACUCUCAGAGCUGGACAAUCGAGCAGAUGCAUUGCAGCAAGGUGCUGCACAGUUUGAACAGCAAGCUGGUAAACUGAAGCGAAAGUACUGGUGGAAGAAUUUGAAGAUGAUGAUAAUCAUUGGCAUUAUCUGCGUUAUAAUUCUAAUCAUUAUUAUCGCUUCAGUAGUACCAAGUUCGUCGGAUCCUGGACCCUCGGAACAUUGAAUACUUGUGUAUUGAAAUCCAACAACAAAAGCAUACCAACAAUUAAACGAUAGAACUUCAAUCGAGCUACGUGAACUUCUUGAUGUAACAAGCAGCUCGUUACUAUCGCAUAAAACUAACCAACAUAACGAACAGCCACAUUCACAAACAUAAAACAUACACCAUUCGCCAGUUCGUUCGUAGUCGAAAGAGUUUUUAAAAUCUUUUUUUUUCUUUCUUUUUCCACCACCACGAACGCACAAAUAUGAUUAAAAAAUAAAAUACUUUAUAUUUAACUGGCCAAACGGAUGUUGGGUGGUGUGUACAUUAUAAUUAGAAAUAACCGAAAUGGCGAGAAUCAUUCUACAAUUCCUACGCGUGGACAAUGUAAUUGUAGAAUAAUAUUUUGGAUACAUAUACAUAAAUAUUAAUACGGACUCAACCAAUCUAAAUCAUGGACGCCGUACCGUUACGAUACAUAUUGUACUACUGUCAAUGAUAUUUAAUAUAUAUUACUAUUUCUAUACAUUAA